UUCAAGCAUAGGUCAGUCUCAAAACACAUGACCUAGUGAUGCUAGCAUUUGAUGUCGUUGCUUACAGGUACUAUGGCUGUGGAAUGGUGGUUCCAGAAUGUCUAGAAGGUUGUCGUGUGCUGGAUCUAGGGUGUGGAGCUGGAAGGGACUGUUUUCUACUGAGCCAGUUGGUUGGAGAGGAGGGUCAUGUAACAGGAAUUGACAUGACAGAAGAGCAGAUCGCUGUAGCACAGAAAUAUGUGGACUACCAUGCUGAGAAGUUUGGCUUCAAGAGACCCAAUGUGAAUUUCCUCCAAGGGUAUAUUGAAACCCUACAGGAGGUCGGCCUACAGGAGUGCAGCUAUGAUGUUAUCAUAUCAAACUGUGUGAUUAACCUGUCCCCAGACAAGAAAGCAGUUCUGAAAGAAGCCUACCGUGUACUUAAGGAUGGUGGAGAAAUGUAUUUCAGUGAUGUCUAUGUAAAUAAACGUCUUCCAAAGAAUCUGAGAGACCACAAAGUACUGCUGGGGGAGUGUCUUGGAGGUGCAUUGUGGUGGCUAGACCUUAUUCAGCUGGCACAAGAAGUUGGCUUCUGCACCCCAAGAUUAGUCAGCUCCAGCCUGAUUAGUAUUAAUAAUAAGGAACUGGAGAGUUUAAUUGAAGGAUACCAGUUUGUUUCUGCAACAUUCCGUCUGUUCAGGGUUCCUAAGAACAUUAAAAGGUCAAGGUACCAGGUCAUAUACAAUGGCUCCAUUACUGAGAAGGAAGAUUGCUUGGAUUUUGAUGCAAGCUUUAAAUUUAAGGAGGGAGAAGUGGUUGAAGUAGAUGAAGAGUUGGCCACAAUUUUGAAAUGCUCCCGAUUUGUAAAUGAAUUUAUGUAUUGCCCAAUGAUUGAUGAGAAGGCAUCAGUUGUUCAUUGCAGAUCAACGCCUAAGACUGUCAACUUAAAUCCCUUUGACCUGGCAAAACAACUGGAGUUAGAGAGCAGUAAGUCACCCAUUGGAGGAUGUUGUGGGCAAAAGGAGUCUGGAUGCUGCUAGCAGAGCCUUAAAAAAUAGUUAAUGCUAGGGGGAAAAACUCCUAUAUGUGUCCUCCUGCUGUAUUGUUUAAAAGACUGGAACUAAUUAAUAGGAUAUGAUACAGAUGAUCAUUUUUUUGAAGAAGCAUGGUGGGAAAAGGAAUGCAUCUAGGCAUCCAUUGGUACAUUGAGACAGAAGAGUAAUGGAGGCACUACCUUCAUUCCCUCAGGAUGGCACCACAUGGCAGCCAAGACCCAAUAUAGGACCUCAACGUCAUGAUGAGUUUGCCGAAAAAACUGCAAGGGUCUUAAUUAGAUAUGCCAGAGUGGCAUCUUGCAGUUUUCAGCAAAUCUGUCUGAUAUUUCCUGCAGAAACAUCCUGUACAUUUCAAAUCGGUUAUUUGCCUUGCUAAUCCUCACAUGUUUUGACUUUAUCUCACAUGUUUCGAUAAGUCCAUACAUUAAAACAUUGUGUUUUUAUUUGGCCCAAUUAGUAAAUAACUACUUUCUUAUCAAAUCAUUCUGAUUUUUAAAUCAGCUGUUUUCUAUGGACUACUGUGAAAUCUCAUUAUUUUUACUAUUUCCCAGUACAAGUGGUUAAAAAAAUAGUUACACAAAUAUGCUAAUUUUAAAAACUAAUUAAAAAAUAACCUUGUUAAAAGAAGUAAACUUAAAAUAUAUUAAACAUCCCUGUUGUCAAAUACGACGAGAUAGCCUGGGUUAGAUUUUCAUAUUCAUUUGUUAUUACAAGGAUUGUACCAAAAUUAGUGGACACAUUCACUUUACAAUUCUUUAAAGAUACGAAGAAGACAUUAUGCCAUGUCAAUCAAGUUUGUCUACUCUUCUUCAAGUCUGUAUGUCUUUGCCACUGUUCUAGAAGUUCAAAGACGCCUUUGUGGUAGAAUUCCAUUCCAGCAUGGCCUUGUUAUUCUGAGUGUCCCAUAUUGAUCGUUUCUGGUGAGCUCCCUUUUGUCUUGCUUGCUAAAUGGAGUUUUGGGUUUUCGACAGGGCUGUUAAGCAAAAGCAGUGUUUCUGUCUUUAAAGUUCUUUACUUAUUCUCCAAUGUUGCCAGCUUCCAUAUAUACAUUCAAGUCAUAAAUGAAUGUCAGCCACAAAGAGAGUUUCCUUCAUAAAAAUUUCUGUAAUGCAGCAUUGUUGACAAUUUUUGUCAGCCAUUUUCUUGACAUUAAUAUAAGAGAUACCAAUCUCCAGAACAGAAGAUAAGGAUGAAAGUAAUAGAAACACUGUAGGUCUGAAGUACUCAUAUGGGAAGCACAUGUCUCCAUUCCUUCUGGCCUUAUAUCCCUACAAUUGCUGUCAGGAACAGAUAAAUACCUGUGCCCAUAAUUAAUUUGAGUGUGUUUGAUCAGGUGUAAAAAAGACGUUUUAAAGGGCUUCACAAACUUAAAACAAACUAACUAACCAGCGAACACUUUUUGAGGAGCAAUAAAAACUGGUUUUCAAAGAAAGCAGAGCAGAAUCAUUGGACAGAAUACUCAAGAAUAAAAUCAAAAUGUAUACAAGGUCAUGCAAGGAACAUUUGCUUUGAAAAUCCCAAAGCUGGGAUGCUCAGAAUGCUGUAAUUCUAUCUUAAAUAGUGAACUCUUGAUGGCAUCCUGCGUCACAUCCAUGCUGAUCACAUGAUAGCAACCACCUUGGUUACCACUAAAUAAAAUAACCUUCAAAACAAAGUACACACACACAAGAUGGCAGCACAGGCAAUAAAAAACAACACAGACAAUGGUAACAAGAUGAUGUUGCUGUGAUGAUGGUAAAAUUGAACAAUAUGUGAUUAAUAAUUUUACAAUACAUGAAACUGAUAAAAUUCAUUGCCAGGCAGGUUAAGAAUCUUUUAUCUGUUGUUCCUCUACAUGAUGAUAACAUUUUUCAACCUUCUCAAAUUUACUCCGUAUAUAAUCUUUGGAAACCUCACAAACCCCGCAACCGGAUUAAGAAACUAAGACAACUGUUUAUAGAUUAAAUAGUUGCAAUUUAUGAAUACUUACGCUUCAAAGUCACCAGCAACACAAUUUUUCCACUAUUUUUAAAUUUUAAAUUUUAUUAAACGAAACCUUCCAAAUUUUCCAGAUUUCCCACCUAUUUCUAUUCCAGAGGAAGCACUGAUUAGCUUUUAAGUCUCAUGGCAGCAUCUCAUCAAUAAAGAAGAACAUCUCAAAGAAUCUUCCCUUCAAUGACCCUAGGGUAUGGUGGGAAAAGGACAGUUCAAUUAACAUCUCAGAAAAGGAAUGGAAGGUAACCAUACAUUGAAUACACUCUGGCUCUAUAUGUGCAAAGCAUUUAAUAAUUCAACUUUAAAUAUUUCAUCUAUCACAGUUAUUCAAAAUUGUUCAAAAUUUACCCAGGGCAAUAUCCAAAAUGUGGGUGUUACUAUUUAGCUCCAGCAUCACCAGGCCAUAUGUUUUGGGAGUGCACCAAAUUAAUAUCAUUCUGGACCAAAUGAAAAUCUUUGAAUGCUUAUCAAACAGCCUUGAUGUCACGAUCCCUCCUAACUCAUUAACAGCUGUGUUUGGUGUAUUCCCAGAUGGAUUUAAACUGCACUUAGAGUGCAGACCUAUAAAUACCUGGGAGUGCAGCUGGAUGAUAAAUUAGAAUGGACUGCCAAUACUGAUGCUCUG